UCUCUGGAGAUGACUAGACCUGGGCCAAGGCCUUUUGAGUGCGUUAGAAGGGCUUGGCAUAGUGAGAGCCACCAGCCUAUGAGAGGCUCCCUCAUCCAAGAAAUUUUUAGGAUUGUGGAUGAGAUUCAUAGCUCAUCAACUAAGAGAAACAAAGAAUGGCAGCAAAAGCUCCCCACUGUGGUCUUGAAAACGGAAGAAAUUAUGUACUCCAAAGCCAAUUCUGAGGCUGAGUACAUGGAUCUUAAGACUCUUGGCCACAGGGCAAAUGAUGCCAUUAACACCAUAAUCCGAAGAGAUGAGAGCACCGAAACGGGAGAGCUUCUACAGCCUUGUAUUGAAGGCUCAGAAUCCCGCAAAACUGACAAGUUACCUCUAUUUUCUGAGAAAUUUCCCCCUUAUGCUUCACACAACUUCUCUUCGGUUCAUCCACUAUACCAUGAGAAUCGGGUCCAAUCUCAAGAUUUCCAGUUUAGCUGUUGCAUCCCUUGCAACUUAAAUUUGAAUGAUCGUAAACCUGACAAGACAAAUCAAACGCCAAAAUCUGUCCGCCGUGACCCAGAAGGUUCCGACCAAAAUCCUUAUACUGGUGUAGUUGAGUGUGAUUUAUCAUUGCGAUUAGCUCCUCUUUCGGCUCCAUACACAAGUAUUACACAUAAUUGGUCCCAGGAUGUUGACGACUUUCGUUCAAGAUCUUCUCAAAAAAGGACAAAGUCAAAUGGUGUAACGUUACCUAUGGAUAAAGGACCGUAUUUCUUCCCCAAGGCAACGCUGAAGCCCCACUGUUGUUCUCACCGAAAAGAUCAGCCAAAGCUUCCAUGUGAACUUAACCUCACCCCAAAAUGGCAUCAAAAAUCUGGUCUGUAG